AUGGAAGAGUGGGAGACAUUGGUCUCUUUGGUUGUCUACGGGGUUACCAUCCUCCUGGGGCUGCCCUCCAAUCUUCUGGCCCUCUAUGUCUUCUGUUGCCGGGCCAAGGCUCGCCUGACACCCAACCUCAUCUACAUGAUGAACCUUUGCCUGUCGGACUUGGUCUUUGUCCUUUUCCUACCGCUCAAGAUGCUGGAGAUAAGCAAGGUGAACUGGGUCAAGCCAGACUUUGUCUGUCCCCUUUACAACCUGAUCCACUUUGGCACCAUCUACACCAGUGCCUGCUUCCUGACUGUGGUCAGCGUGGGGCGCUUCCUAGGAGCUGCAUAUCCCAUCCACUAUCAGGCUUACAAAAAGCCGUGCUACUCGUGCCUGAUCUCCUUGGGGAUAUGGGGUCUCGUCGGAUUCCAUGGGUUUCUCAUCUUUGUCCUGGAGAUCAACAGGGACAUCCCGUCCAGGGUCUUUGAGAGCAAUGGCUCCUCUUGCUACAGCAACUUCAGCAAAGAGCAGCUGGCCGUGUUGGUACCUGUGAGGCUGGAGCUGUCCGUGGUCCUGUUCUUCCUUCCUUUGGUCAUCACCUCUUUCUGCUACGCCGGCAGCAUCCGUGUCCUGGUUGGGUCGCAUCUCCACAUGCGAAAGAAACGCCGUGCGGUGCGGGUGGCCACAGCCACACUCUCCUUCUUUGUUCUCUGCUUUGGUCCUUACAAUGUGUCCCAUGUGGUGGGCUUCAUCGUGAUGGAUAAUGUUUGGUGGCGCAGUGUGGCUGUGCUGCCCAGUGUAUGCAAUGCUUUCCUGGACCCCUUCAUCUUCUUCUUCCUCUCCUCUGCCAUGGAUGAUGGGAUCACCAAAGUAUGGCGCUCCAUGAUGGAGAAGUGUAAUUCCAUCCGGCUGAAGAUUGCUGUGGCCCAUGGGAAAGGAGAUAGCAGCCAGGGAGUACUUGCCAUUGCCUGA